ACUACAAACCAGCAAUUACGGACCCUGCUUUUUUUGCCAUGGUACAUCUUUCUAAUGGACUUUUACUGCUCCUAAGCAUUGUGAAACAUCAAAGCGAGUUUGACACAAAAGUCAAACUUCCUGAGCUAGAAAAUGCAAUCGGAAAAAUCGAAAUCGCUGUCGGAGUAUAUCAUGAUAAAGCUAAAAGCAAACUGGAUCGCGCUCGCGGCUUAAAUAGGGCUGCCAUUGUAAAUUACCAACAAUCUAUUAGACCGGUAUUCGAGUGGUGCGACUUGACCAUUGGAAAAUUCAACCAUGUCCUGCCCCACAUCAAAGAGAAAAAUAUGACAACGGACGAUAAAGACUACAUAUGGGGUGUGACAGUCAAUACACUGCACGAUGGUCUAAAUAAAACUCUUCAGUCUCUGGAUCUAUUAAAUGAUGUUCAAAACAAAUCAUAUGAAAUUACCAAUUUAUUAGCUGACCUUUUGCACGACUUACACAACGAGUUUGGUCCACAAGGCUUAUUCGGAAGUGUAAACCAUGUUUUAGAUACAACUAUUAAAAAUGUAAGAAAGAAUUUGCACAUUCCAUUUUAUGAUCUUGCUGGUGAAAUUGCUGGAAAUAUCGAAAUCCAGAAAAAGGAGUUACAUGAACAAUUUCUCUGUAUCAAGGGAAAAAUUGAAUACGCCAGUCAAAUAGCCAAAACAGGUGUCAAUCCAUACCUCGAAGAGGAUAAAACUAACUUGUUAGUCCUUAGAGGGAAAACCAAGGACGCAGACUUUAGCAACCCUCUUCUGACCUUCGACAGUCCAACAAUGCGGGCUUUGUAUAUUCCUAUCCUACAGGAUUUAAUAAGCCAGUGUCGAAACUACAACUUAUGGCAUAAAUUACAAACUUAAAAAAUGUAAACUU